UCCCAUGUUCUGUGCCUGCCAUAUUAUAGCUGGCUGCUAUAAAAGUGUAGCAGCAUGUGUGGGUUGGGCUAUAAAAGCAUAAAUAUAGCAUCAACCCAAUAAGAAACAGACAGGUGAGGCAGACUGUCUCAUUCAGAAGAUUCAGUAAAGGUGAACAGAGCUUUUUGAAGAGACUGUUAGGAGGUGUUGGCUGCAAUUGGAGAUAAAUAUAGGCCUAAUUUUCAGCCAGAAAAGCCAACAGGUGGAGUGCUAUUAUUCUCCUGACUUGGAUUGGACAAAAACUGGACCAGAUUUAAGUCUCCACUCUAUUUUUAAAACCAGGACAUCCUUGGGUUGACAGUUUUAAUAUAAUUCAGUCGAAAGAUCAACCUAAGUAGAGUUUCGAGAUACUUUUAGGAGUUACUAGUAGAGGAGGUUGAAGCACCAGUGUCAAAAUGUGUUCAGGUGGCUUUGCCAAGUGUCUGGGGAUCAGUCUGAUGCCUCUGGCGAUUGUGUGCGUGCUGUGUAACAUCCUGCUCUUCUUCCCCGGUGGAAAAUCUGUCGAAAGUGGACACAUCACACAGCAAGUCUGGUACUUUGGAGGCAUUCUGGGAUCUGGAGUGCUGAUGAUCUUCCCGGCUCUGGUCUUCCUGGGUCUGAAGAACAAUGACUGCUGCGGUUGCUGUGGCAACGAAAGCUGUGGGCGGAGAUUUGCAAUGCUGAGUUCCAUACUGUUUGCAGCUGUGGGUGUUGUGGGGGCUGGUUACUCAGUUAUUGUUUCUGCUGUAGCCAUAAACCACGGACCUCAGUGUUUGGUUAGGUUUAAUGACACAUACGAGCAGUGGAGCUACCCCUUCUCAAAUGGUGACUACCUGUCCAACACAACUGCCUGGUCAAAGAUAUGCUUAGAGCCAGCUGGCGUGGUGUCCUGGCAUCUCUCUCUGUUCUCUGUGCUGCUGGUCAUGGGUUUAAUCCAGAUGGCACUGUGUGCUGUGCAGGUGGUGAACGGCCUGCUGGGAUGUCUGUGUGGGGACUGCUGUGGAGGGAGUGAUGGAGCCUGAAGUUUGAACACGUCCUACAGCUGUGAGAGUCUGCAGGCGGCUGUUUCCUGUAUGUUGUCUGUUUUUAGAGGAUGACAGUAGUUUCUUGCUUUAUGCCAUAGUUGUACAUUUUUGCAUAAGAGCUCAUUGAUUACAUUGUGUGUACUAUCGGACAACACUGUUGAAAUGACAGAGCUCUAAUUUAAAGGGUUUCCCAUUUACUCUCUAGCAAACACUAAUGACUGCAUCUUCUCAUUAUUGUGAACACUAAUCACUGCACUGUAGUUAACAAUUUUCCUCCUGCUAUACACAAUCAGUGAAUAAAGAUCCUAUUUUUUAUAUGUAUGAAAAGCAGUGGGACCAUGAUACAUGAUAGGGUCAUACUAUUGCUUCAAAUACUUUUUUUUUCUUAUCUAGUUUAAACACGGCAGCAACCUGUUAGAAAAAUAAUUCUUAAGAGUUUCUCUCUUGAGAUAAGAUAUUUCUUUUGUAUGACUGCCCCCUGCUGGGCAUUUGGUGUAGUAAGCAUGAGUUUGAUGGGGGUUAAAAGGUCAUAGAGGUGGACCUACAGAUAUAUACCAUAG